AUGAGAGUGCUCGCAUCGCUGCUGCUGGUCUCGCUGUCGGCCGCCCACGCGCAAGACACCACGCGUGACCCCACCACGUUGCCGGCCACGCUUCGCAACGCCAUCGCCGCCGCGGAGGCGGCCUCCGCGCCUGCAUCGGGCGCGGAACCGGCGCGCGACGGCAUCCGCCAGGUCGUCUUCGCCAACGGGCGCGGCUACGUCGUGCAGCGCGGCCGGCGCUAUGCCGUCGGCGAGCAGCUCGACGGCGCGCGCAUCGAGCGCAUCACCGAACAGGCCGUGUGGCUGCGCGAGGCUGGCGAAGUGCGCCGCGAACCGCUGUACAGCGGUGUCGAGAAGCGCUCGCCGCCGCCCGCUACAUCGCAGGCCCCGCGCAAAGCGGCCCCCAAGAAUUCCAAGGAGAAGCAGCCAUGA